AUGUCUGAAGCAGGUACACCAACAGAAACUAAGCCAGAAACUAAACCAGAUGUUACUGGUGGUUCAGAAACUCACAUUAAUUUGAAAGUUUCUGACGGUUCCUCUGAAAUUUUCUUUAAGAUCAAGAGAACCACUCCAUUGAAGAGAUUAAUGGAAGCAUUUGCUAAAAGGCAAGGUAAAGAUGUCGAUUCUUUAAGAUUUUUGUACGAUGGUGUAAGACUACAGAGUGAUCAAACCCCAGAUGACUUAGACAUGGAAGAUAAUGAUAUUAUUGAAGCCCACAGAGAACAAAUCGGUGGUGCUUCUUCAAUCUAG